AUGGAGAACGAUAAGGGAGAACUCGUCGAUCUUUACGUCCCAAGAAAGUGCAGCGCAACCAACCGCAUCAUCAAAGCCAAGGAUCACGCCUCAGUCCAGAUUUCUGUCGGAAAGGUUGACGAGAACGGCCGUCUUACCGGAGAGAGCCAAGUCUACGCACUAUGUGGUUUCGUACGAGCAAUGGGAGAGAGUGACGAUUCUUUGAACCGAUUGGCACAACGUGAUGGACUCUUGAAGAACGUUUGGAGCGGAAGCAGCCAACGAUAA